AUGGCGGUGAACAGAUCGCACCAUCAGAACGGCGGGGUUUUGGUCUUCCAUGGAGAACGUAUUGUGAUGGACUAUGAUGGUGUAGAGUUGGUGUUUGAGGACCCAGAGCCUGGCCCCUUGUCUGACCACCUCAAAGGCACCAAGAAGGGAAAGGUGUUCCUGACUAACUACAGAGUGAUCUUCCACACCAAAGGUCGUGACCUGAUGCAGUCGUUUCACAUGCCCUUCCACCUGAUGAAGGGAGUGGAGAUCAAACAGCCCAUGUUCGGGGCUAACGCUAUCAAGGGCAAAGUCAGCGCUGAACCUGGUGGGGGCUGGGAAGGAAAGGUUGUCUUCAAGUUUACGUUUAACCACGGGGGAGCCAUUGAGUUUGGACAAGGCCUGCUAAAACUGGGCAGUGAAGCUUCUCGCAAUGGUAACAGAGCUCCCCCCAUGCCUAUGGGCAAUGUGUACAUGCCCCCUCCUAACGGAGCGUAUGCCCCCGGUCCCCCUCCCCCAGGAGUGUUUGACCCUGCCUACGCACCCCCGGCGUACCCCACGGCACCACCCAUGGCGAACGGAGCGUACGGUGCCCCACCGCCGCCGUACCCUGGGCCUGGGUUGUACGCCUCUGCACCACCGCCUGGAAUGAACCCGGCUGAUGCGAAGGCCCAGGAGGCAGCAGCCAGUGCUUACUAUGACCCUAACAACCCCCACAAUGUGUACCUGCCCCAACAACAGCCUGUUCCACAGGACCCACCCCCAGCAUACGAAGAGGUGGAGGACAAGAAGAAGAAGUGAUACAACAGUCCAUAGAGGUUAAAAUAAAAAACUCUGCAACAAUUAACACAACCUGUGCAUGAUCACAAGCAUCUGUAGCUUUGUAAUAUGAAUGUACUAGGUGUCAACUAAGAUAUCUCAAACGUUACAUGUACAAUUUGUUCCAUAUAUGACAUAAUUUGUAGUAAUUAUGUAUACCCUUUGCCAUUAUCUACUAUUGGUAAUGGUAGUAUGAAAAGAUGUAUAAAUCCAUUGCUAAAAUUACCUGUAUUAGCUUCACUGUAGUUUGUGGUAGUAUGAUUGCAUGUAGUGAGAGGACAGACAAGAACCGUGACAAAGUACAACACUGAUCCAACAAGUAGAAGAUAUACAAUGUACAGGCCAGGAAUGUGGUGAAAGUUAUGAUUGAAUAAAAUAUUAAACACUUGGUACUUAUGUAGAUAUGUACAGGUGGAUAUAAGUACAGAAUUAUCAAUAUUCCUAUGUUGGACAAGGAACGAGAUGACACGAGACACCAAUCAGUUUCAAUAUUUUGUUCUAUGUUUUCUCAUUUUCCUACUUCUUAUAUAGCUUUCCCAUUUGCUAGUAAUUGUUGUAGACAGUGAAGAACUAAUACAUGUGCUGUGUCAAGACACUAAGGUACAUUCUAUUUUCUGUAUUGAUAUUGAGCAAGCAUAUGACAGAUGUCAUUGUAAGAAAUGCCCAGUACAAAAAUAAGCAUAGUUGAUAACGCUGUAGCUGAUUAUUAUGGCUUGCAUGGAAGCUUUCCCAAAAAU